CCCUUUUGCUCGUUGCACUUACAUCUGCAAUUCUCAGAGAAUCCGUAUACUUCAGGAAGCAUUUCCAGCAAAAAGACAGCUCCUGGGCUGCUGGUGGCGACAGGCAAUAUUGGCUCUGAGCUUUCCUACACUGAUGUCGGUGUGUUCAUCUCUUCUGAUGGUGGAAAUUCCUGGAGACAGAUCUUCGAGGAGGAAUACAAUGUGUGGUUUCUGGACUGGGGAGGGGCACUAGUGGCCAUGAAACACACAUCAGUCCCCAUCCGGCACAUGUGGGUGAGUUUUGAUGAGGGAAGAUCCUGGAGUAAAUACAGUUUCACAUCAGCACCACUUUUUGUGGAUGGAGCCCUUGUAGACCCUGGCAUAGAGACCCAGAUAAUGACAGUUUUUGGGCACUUCAGUCUCCGUUCUGAAUGGCAACUGGUCAAGGUGGACUACAAGUCUAUCUUCAGCCGAAGGUGUAACAAAGAUGACUACCAAACCUGGCAUCUGCACAAUCAGGGGGAGCCUUGUGUCAUGGGAGAGAGGAAGAUCUAUAAAAAACGCAAGCCUGGAGCCCAGUGUUCUCUAAGUCGGGACUAUUCCCAAACUGUGGUGUCUGAACCAUGUGUCUGUGGUCAAGGGGACUUUGAGUGUGACUAUGGAUAUGAGAGACACAGCAACAACCAGUGUAUCCCAGCCUUCUGGUUCAGCCCGUCCUCCCUAUCCAAGGAUUGCAGCAUUGGUCAAAGCUACUGGAACAGCACUGGAUACCGAAGGAUUGUGUCUAACAACUGCACAGAUGGCUUGCGAGAGAAGUACAUGGCCAAGAUGGAGAAAUGCCCUGGAAAAGCACCGCGGGGACUGCACAUCCUCACUUCUGAUGGAAAGUUGGUCACAGAGCAGGGACACAAUGCCACCUUCAUCAUUGUUAUGGAAGAGGGUGAUCUUCAGAGGACAAAUAUUCAGCUUGAUUUUGGAGAUGGCAUUGCAGUAUCCUAUGCUAAUUUCAGCCCUGUUGAGGAAGGUAUCCGACAUGUGUAUAAGAGUGCUGGAAUCUUUCAGGUGAUGGCGUAUGCAGAGAACAGCCUGGGCUCUGACACUGCUGUCCUCUUCUUGCAUGUGGUCUGUCCAGUGGAGCGCGUCCAUCUAAGCGUACCCUUUGUCGCCAUCAGAAACAAGGACGUCAACCUUACUGCAGUGGUUUGGCCCAGCCAGGCAGGCACACUUACCUACUUCUGGUGGUUUGGGAACGGCACCAAGCCGCUCAUCACCUUGGAGAGCAGCAUCUCAUACGUCUUUGCUGUAGAAGGGAUGAACACCGUCACUGUGCAGGUUUCUGCAGGCAACACUCUCAUCCAAGACACCAAGGAGAUUGCAGUGCAUGAAUAUUUCCAAUCUCAGCUCCUGUCAUUUUCUCCCAACUUGGACUACCAUAACCCUGACAUCCCUGAAUGGAGGCAAGACAUUGGAAAAGUCAUCAAGAGAGCUCUGGCACAGGUGACUGGUAUCCCUGAUGAACAGAUCUUGGUAGCUGUAUUUCCUGGGCUGCCUACUUCUGCUGAACUCUUCAUACUGCCACAUAAAAACACAUCAGAGAGGAGGAAAAGCAGUGAGGCUGAUCUGGAGCAAGUGGUAGAAAUCCUUUUUAAUGCUCUCAACCAGAACCUGGUCCAGUUUGAACUGAAGCCUGGAGUUGAAGUCGUUGUGUAUGUUACUCAGUUAACUUUAGCACCCCUUGUUGAUUCCAGCACAGGUCAUAGCAGUUCAGCAAUGCUGAUGUUGUUGUCUGUGGUGUUUGUAGGCUUGGCUGUUUUUUUAAUCUACAAAUUCAAGAGGAAAAUACCUUGGAUUAACAUCUAUGCCCAAGUUCAGCAUGACAAGGAGCAGGAAAUGAUUGGCUCUGUCAGCCAAAGUGAAAAUGCCCCCAAAAUCACUCUGAGUGAAUUCACAGACCCUGAGGAGCUGAUGGACAAAGAGCUGGACACACGAGUGAUGGGAAGCAUCUCUACAAUUGCCAACAGUGAAAGCACAAAGGAAAUCCCCAACUGCACUAGUGUUUAA